AUGUCACAAGCUUACCUGAUUUCGAAACGGCUGGACCCUUUGUUUGGAAUGGCGAUAGGUAUUUACGGAUAUUAUUUAUACGAGAAAGAGCAUCCUCGACCUCAAGGCAAAAAAUUGCAAGAACUCGUGAUGAAACGUUGGAAUAAUCGCAACAAUGCCGCGAGUUCUGAAACCGUUUAG